CUCUUUCUCUUUGCUUUGCACAGUGUGGCGUUUACCUGAGUCGAGUCCGGUUUUGUGUGAUUUUUGUUUGGCUAGUGAUUCUGUGCUGCGAAAUGUGGAAAGUCAAGUAAAAUGCCUGUAAAAUGAUGGUGCUUUGGCCUCCAAUCAUCCAUCUCCAGCUGACAUGCCUGCUGCUCCUCUCACAGUCGCGGUCCCUGGAUGCGUUAGAUGCCUUUGGUAUGAUGAACUACCAGACCACCAAGUACACACGACUCGACGAUGCUUGGAAGCAGCAGGAGGAAGAGACGGCAGCUGUGCCAAGCGAGGAUGCAGGGGAGGAGGAAAGCUACUUAAAGUUCGACGACGACGCUGAGGUGCUGCCACCCGCCAACGAAGUGCUGCGCGAGGGCGCCUUCUGUCGGCGCAGCUUUGACGGGCGCAGUGGCUACUGCAUUCUGGCCUACCAGUGCCUCCAUGUGAUACGGGAGUAUCGUGUGCACGGCACCCGCAUUGACAUCUGCACCCAUCGGAGCAACGUGCCGGUUAUCUGCUGCCCCCUGGCCGACAAGCAUAUCCUGGCGCAGCGAAUCAGUGCAACAAAAUGCCAGGAGUACAACUCGGCCACGAGGCGCCUGCAGCUGGCUGAUGCCGGCCGAACCUUCUCGGGGAAACAGUGCGUGUCCAGCGUGCCACUGAUUGUGGGUGGCACACCCACGCGACACGGCCUCUUUCCACACAUGGCCGCCUUGGGUUGGAGUCAGGGCAGCGGCGACAUCAAAUGGGGCUGCGGCGGCACCCUGGUCAGCGAGCUGUACGUCCUGACGGCCGCCCACUGUGCCACCUCGGGUAGCAAACCACCGGACAUGGUGCGCCUUGGAGCACAGCAGCUGAACGUGACGAGUGCGGCGCAGCAGGACAUUAAGAUCCUGAUUAUAAUUUUGCAUCCAAAGUAUCGUUCUUCCUCCUACUACCACGACAUUGCCCUGCUGAAGCUAACGAAGCGCGCUCAGCUGUCGGAGCUGGUGCGUCCCGCAUGCCUGUGGCAAGUGCCGGAACUACAGAUCCAAAGCGUCGUGGCGGCUGGCUGGGGACGCACCGAGUUUCUGGGCGCCAAGUCGAAUGUGCUGCGGCAGGUGAAUCUGGACCUCAUACCACAGCUGCGUUGCAAGCAGAUGUAUCGCAAGGAACGGCGGCUGCCACGCGGCAUCAUCGACGCGCAGUUCUGUGCUGGCUAUUUGCCCGGUGGCAGGGACACGUGCCAGGGUGACUCGGGCGGACCGCUGCACGCUGUUCUGCCGGAAUACAAUUGCGUGGCCUUCGUAGUGGGCAUCACGUCCUUUGGCAAGUUUUGUGCGGCACCCAAUGCGCCGGGGGUUUAUACUAGGAUCUAUAGCUACCUCGAUUGGAUAGAGAAGAUUGCGUUUAAGCAGCGUUAGGAACUUAAAUUAUACAAAUUUUAACAGAUAUUAGUAACAGAUUUCAUAGAGUAACAAAUUGAAUUACAGAUUUCAACAAUUUGUAAGCCAUAAAAUGUCGAAUUUAUUGUUUAUUUGAUUACAUAAGUCUACCUGAGAUCCCAACUACAUAAUUUAAGAUAUUUAAUG